UUGACAAUAAGAAAACGUAACUUUUGCUAUUGUUUUUGUUUUACCUUGUUCAAGUCAUUUCAUUUAAAAUGUACUGUUUUUAAAGCCAUUGAAAUUCAAGGUGACCCAAAAUAAAACCCUCAAUCCCUAUCGACCUAUCGAUUUUUGACAGUUUCCGCUCCAAAUAUGUUAAAUAUACGAGUUGUAAAAUGACCUCCCAAGAAACGCAGACUGAGGGUGAACGUAGGAGGGUAACUCUUCCAUCUUCGACACCAGAUAAAGGUACACCAUCCAAAAAAGGCAGCGAGGAGCCCAACCGAAUUUCGAACACAGAGUUCCAAAAAAGAGUAACAUCGGACAGAAGCGAUGAGCCGGUCUUCAGCUGCCAAUUCGAAGUGUUCGGCAUUGUGCAAGGCGUUUCAUUUCGAAUGUACACCUUGCGAAGAGCUCAAAAGCUGGGAGUCCGGGGUUGGUGCAAAAACACCAACGAGAAUACGGUGAAGGGCGAAAUUCAAGCACACCGACAUUCCUUUGAGUCCAUGCGCCUCUGGCUAAAGCACACCGGCAGCCCCACCAGUCGAAUUGACAAAUGCAUUUUCAGUGAGACUACAGAACUUUCAGAAUUCACGUUCACUAACUUCUCCAUAGUGGUGGAUUAGUUGUUCUCUAAAAGCUUAAAAUCAUUUAGAAACGGAAUUGAAUUUUUCUUACACACACUUAUACAGUAUUUGGAUAUGAGCUACAAAUUUUUCUAUUGUUAUAAUAUUAAAUCUAACUAAAAUGCAAAUAAAUU